ACAUGGACAGACAGCUUUAAUCAAUUAUCUCCGAUUAAUCAGAGAUAAUGUAGUGCACCGUGUCAGCAUUUUGUCAUGCGGUGUCUAUCAUCAAGUUAAAUUAUUAUAUAAAACCCUUGUCCAUUUUGGUGAUUACUGUCACUGGUCGAGAGUCUCGACGACCCACAGACAAGAGUUAUUUUUAAAUUCAGAUAAACCUAUUGCUGGAUAAAUAGGUUAAUCUAUUCUUUACGCAGCAUUGGGCUGAGUACUAAAUCAUGUACUGGUACCAAGACAGCCAGUCAGGUCAAAGAUUUAGAAGUAGGCUAUUCGGGAAAGGACAACGCCUCUAGAUCUGUUUAGCGAACGGUCUCUCCUUUUUGGCUUUGAAUAGUUUUCCGGGAUUUAACCAGACCGCAGCUGUCUGUCACAACAAAGAUGGAGGAGAAAGCUAGCUAGCACUGUACAUCCACCGAGGACCUUAAAGCUAAAACAACAUUGGACCAGUUUCUCUACUGAUUAUAUAUAUAUUUUUUGAUAUCGUGAUUUUCAAGAUGGAUACUGCCGUAUUUCCCGAGGAUGUCGUUGUAAAAAAGGUUUCCAUCGUUGGAUCGGAGCUCGUAGAGAAUUACACUGUGUACGUCAUUGAGGUGAAAGUACGGGAUCACAGAUGGACCAUAAAGCAUCGCUACAGUGAUUUCCAUGACUUGCAUGAGAAACUGACAUCUGAGAAGAAGAUAGAGAAACAUUUACUGCCGCCUAAGAAGAUGAUCGGUAAAAACUCCAAAAGCCUGGUAGAGAAACGUCAGAAGGAACUGGAAGUCUACCUGCAAACACUGCUGGUCAGAUUCCCUACAGCUGCCCCUAAAGUCCUCUCCUACUUUCUGCACUUCCACCAAUAUGAAAUGAAUGGAAUCACAGCCGCUCUGGCAGAGGAGCUGUUCCACAAGGGAGAGCAGUUGCUGGUGGCUGGUGAGCUGUUCACAUUGUGUCCCCUCCAGCUGUAUGCCAUCACUCAGCAGCUGAAGCUGGCCAAGCCUACCUGCUCUAAUGGUGAUGCCAAGGCAGACCUGGGACACAUCCUGGACUUCACCUGCAGACUCAAAUACCUCAAGAUCACAGGCACCAGAGGAGAGGUGGGGACCAGUAACAUCCAGGAAGACAGCCUCACGUUUGACCUUUCAGUCUUUAAAGCGCUCCUACAGAUAGAGAUAAGUGACUGUAACUCGGCCCAGAUCAUGGGACUGCCUUCUCUGAAACCCUGUCUGGUCACGCUGAAUGUCCACCACUCUGCAACAUCCAUGAUGGAUGUGCUGGUUCCGGAGGCAUGCGUGUCCCCUCAGUGGGUCGCAGAGGGAGCGCUUACAGACCGGCCCGUCGCCACCAUCAUCCCUACCUGGAAGAGACUCACCACCCUGGACAUGAGCCACAACCACAUAGGCUGCAUAGACAACUCAGUGAAAUUGAUACCAAAAGUCGAAUUCUUAGAUCUUAGUUCCAACGAGCUCUCUAUGGUGGAAAACCUUCAGCACCUGUACAAUCUGAUCCACCUGGACCUUUCUUACAACAUUCUGACAGUGUUAGAGGGGGCCCACACCAAACUGGGUAACAUCAAGACCCUCAACCUGGCAGGCAACCAGCUCGACAGCCUCGCAGGCCUCACUAAACUAUACUCUCUGGUUAACCUGGACCUCAGCUCCAACAAACUGGGACAGCUUGAGGAGAUCAGGUACAUAGGAACGCUGCCCUGCCUGGAGAGGCUGGUCCUGUCUAACAACCCCAUGUGUAUCAUCCCUGACUACAGAACCAAGGUGCUGGCUCAGUUCUGGGACCGCGCCUCAGAGGUAUGCUUGGACAGCACUGCGCCGACAGAGAAAGAGCUGGACACUGUGGAGGUGUUGAAAGCUAUUCAGAAAGCCAAAGAAUCUAAAGACCGAAUGGCCAACAACAACGAAAAGAAGAUCAGUGAGGACUCCAGGCUGUCUGGUGGUGGAUCUCCCAUCUCCUCCUCUGUCGCUGCCGCCUCUUCCUCCUCUUCCUCUCUCCUCUCCUCAGCCCUAGCCCCAGCCUGCUCCAGCCAAGAAUUGAUAUGUAAAGAAGAAGGCUUCGUUACCCCUACAAUAUUGACUCCUGUGGAUUUUAUUGCACUUGAUACCCAGCGAUGCUAUGAUGAUGUAAACACACUGCCUUGUGAGGAACAACUACAGGUUACCAGCCACCAACCUGAUGCUGAUUCUAGUUCUUUUCAACACUCCAGGACCCAACAGAACCAGAACAGUAGCUGCUGCUGCUGUGUGGAGGACAGAGAGGAGCGAUACACAUGGAGCAACACUAACCUGAGGACCCCUGUGCUCCCCCUCCACCUCCCCUCCACCUCCUCCUGUCCAUCCUUCACCUCCCUGCUGUCUGCCCGCAUCACCAGAGCCCUGGGAGAGGAGAACAGGAGGCCCAGCAGACUCCGAGAUCUCCCCAGCCAGGAAGAGACUGAUCUGGGCAGCCCCCCCAGUCCCAGCCCCUCCUAUGGAGAUGGAUACUUUGAGAUGGGUCUGGGGGAGGGAAAGGAGAGGGAGGGAGAGGAGGAGGGGUCCCUGACUGACCCGGUAGAGGGAGAGAACCAGCCCCCAGAGACAGAGGUGUUACGUGUGACCAAAGUCAUGUGGUGCCACUGCAUCAGGGUUGAUGAUGAUGUGGUGGAGCAGAGGUCGGUGUGUGUGGUGCUAACAAACAGUCUACUGGGGCUGUUCCACUGUCUUCAACACCCCUCCACAGCCCCAACCCAUCAACCCCAGAGCCAGCCUCACGACCUUGGCUCAGUCACAGUCCAGACCCAGGGCCUAACCCUGCAAACUCUAGUAGAUAACCUGGAGCCAGACCUCGUCCUUCCCUACGACCAGCUAGACUCUCUCCUCUUCUACAUCCCAGACACUUGUCUUUCCCUGAGGGUGAGGUCCUCUGAUGUCCACUGGUACCUCUUCUCAGACCCCGAGGGUUUAAAAGAGACUCACUCCCUGCUCUGCUCCCUGGCCCAGCUCCCCUCCUCCCCGUCAGGAGGACCCUCCACCCCACAGCAGCUCCUCUUCACCUCCUGGGAGACGGAAGAGAACCAGAGCUGUGUGAAAGGAGGUUAUGCAGCACAUCUAGUGGAGACUGCCAUGUUGUCGUCCCAGACCAGCCAGCGGACAACCUCGUCAACAAACCCAACUCUCACUCCAACGAAGACCUCUACUAACCCAGAUACCUUCACCCUCCAAACUCUAACCAAUCCCCUUCUCUCUGACGUCCUAUCCCACGUAGCUCCAGGAGGGGACAGAGACUCCUCCUGCUGUGUCCCCUGUGUCCUGUUCUUGACCCAGCGCCAUCUCUGUGUGCUGAAGGUGGACUUCAAAGCUCUGGCCCGGGGAACCACCGGAGAUGAACCGUCAGACGACCACAACCAGAGGCUCCGCUCCUGCUCCAGGCUCAGCCGCGUCCCCCUGGCCUCCGUGCUGCCCCACCCAAGGCCGAGUGCCCUGUAUGGGGCUGGUGCUGGGUCUAUCCCUGCCUACUCUCCCAGCUGCCCCUGGCACCACCGUUCCCCCAGAGACAGUCGUGUCCUGGAGCUCCUAGUGGGACAGGAGAGGGUCACGGCGGUGUUCCCGUUGCCUCACGACAGGCUCCGUUUCCAGAAACAGUUUACCCUGCUGCGCUCCAGCCUCAGGGACAUCAAGACUGUGGCUUUCCUGCAGGGUGGGAACGAACAUAGCCACAGUGACUGGGACAGUCCCAGGACGAUAAACAUACACACGUCCACUCCCAAUGAGACCAAGAGCACAGACCGACUGCAGGUUAACAGCCCUCGAGGUGCUCAGCGUCCUCGGCCAUCCCUGUCCCUGUCCUACCCAACAGACAUCCUGGUGGAGAAGCUGACCGCAGACAAUCAGGUCCCAUCCCACCUGUCCCUGUCCCCAGCCCUGUCCCUCGUCUCUGGGCUUAGGGGACACCAGCUGCUGGGGUUCUUCCACACAAACAUUGCAGAGGAAGAGAAGGAAGAGCUGCAUCACAUCCUGUGGUCAUCGGUGGUUUUUUAUAAGUCACCUGACGUCGAGGCCACUUCCUGUAUCAUGCUCUCUACUAAAGCCCUCUACUUCCUGCUGGAUGACUCCGCCUCCACGCUCAAUGACCAAUCACUACUGUGGGACUGGAGCCACUGUGACCAUCGGGACCCAGAGCUGAUCAUGUCUUACUGUUUCACCAUCGACCUCCACGACCUCCACUCUGUCAACGUGGGCCUGUUUGACCAGUACUUCAGGGUGAUGGGGCCGUCAGCGGACCACAUCAUCUGCUGUCUGACGAGGGACAGUUACGGGACACACCGCUUCCUGCAGCAGCUGAUGACCGUCCUCUCUCUACAGGACAAACUACCCUCUCCUGAACCCUCCGAACAAGACUUCUACACACAGUUUGGAAAUAAAUCUACAGGUAAGAUGGGGAACUAUGAACUGGUCCACUCUAGCAGGGUAAAGUUCAUCUACCCCAGCGAAGAAGAGAUUGGAGACCUGACCUUUAUCGUAGCCGAGAGGAAAGGUCCUUCUGGGGUAUCCAGCUGUAAUAUCCUGCUCUACGUACUGGUCUUCCAGGUGCAGACCCAGGGGCUAGGUUUCUCCCAGACCCAGGGGCUAGGUUUCUCCCAGACCCAGGGGCUAGGUUUCUCCCAGACCCAGGGGCUAGGUUUCUCCCAGACCCAGGGGCUAGGUUUCUCCCAGGCCCAGGGGCUAGGUUUCUCCCAGGCCCCAGCUGCAGACAGACAGACUUCCACUGGGGGUCUGCAGGGGGAUAGAAAGUCUCACCUCCACCCCCAGAGCCCGGUCUCUGCUAGCCAACCCCGUCUUCACCCCUACCCCCAGGCUCCAGGUCCAGCCCCCUCCACCAGGCCCCAUAUCCCCCAACAGAGCCUGCCUCCCCAGGCUCCCUCCACCCCCAGGCCUGUCCUCCAUCCUAAGACUCUGAUCCUAACCAGCACAGACGUUUUCCUGUUGGAUGAGGAUUACAUCAGCUACCCGCUGCCGGACUUUGCCAAGGAGCCCCCUCCCCGAGACAAGUACCAAUUGGCCGACGCUCGACGAAUAAGAGACCUGGAUAGAGUCCUCAUGGGUUACCAGACGUACCCGCAGGCGCUGACGUUAGUCUUCGACGAUGUCCCGGGGCCAGACCUCCUCUGUCAGCUUACCAUGGACCACUUUGGAGAAGAGGAGGUGGGAGGAGGAGGAGGGGAGAAGGGGAGGAGAUGUGGCAGAACAGAGAGCGAGGUACUGUGGUGUAUCUAUGUCCCCGGAGCAGACAGCAGGGAGAGGCUGAUAUGUCUGUUAGCAAGACAGUGGGAAGUGCUGUGUAGUAGGGAGCUGCCUGUAGAACUCACUGGCUGACUGGCUGGUUCUUCUGCCUGUAGAACUCACUGGCUGACUGGCUGGUUCUUCUGCCUGUAGAACUAACUGGCUGGUUCUUCUGCCAGUAGAAAUAACUGGCUGGUUCUUCUGCCAGUAGAACUAACUGGCUGGUUCUUCUGCCAGUAGAACUAACUGGCUGGUUCUUCUGCCAGUAGAACUCACUGGCUGACUGGCUGGUUCUUCUGCCAGUAGAACUCACUGGCUGACUGGCUGGUUCUUCUGCCUGUAGAACUCACUGGCUGACUGGCUGGUUCUUCUGCCUGUAGAACUAACUGGCUGCCUGACUGGUUCUUCUGCCUGUAGAACUAACUGGCUGCCUGACUGGUUCUUCUUCCAGGAGGUUUUAAAGCAUGGCUGUACGCUGACCCUUUUUACUAGGAGCAUGUGUGCACCUGUUGAAAAAUGUUGGCGCACACAAAGUAAUUUAGGAGCACAAUGAAUUUUUUUUUUUGUUAUUAAAGCUAGAAUCACACAGCUAAAUAUUUAGACACAUAUACGAGUAGAAUGGUGGCACUGUUGAGCCCUGAAAAGAUGGCGGCUUUCAAACCAAUGUUCACAGGCUGGUGGAUGGACUACGUUACUAUAACCCGCCUUCACAGGCUGACGGAUGGACUACGUUACCAUAACCCGCCUUCACAGGCUGACGGAUGGACUACGU